AUGCAGCUAUUUCUUCGAGCUGGAAUUUCGGGCUUACCUGUCUCAAUCAACAAUUCAUCUCGCGCAAAUCUUCAGAUUCGUCGUCUUGAAAUGUGGAUCACCAAGCUAUCGAACCUCAUAUUGAUUAUAUCACACAUGACUUCUACACCAGUGCAGAGCUUGCUGUCUAAGAGGCAAACCGCCAAAGCCAUCGCGACUGCAGCACCCCACCACAAACAUCCCCAGCGCGGCAGGCGCAUUCUUUCCAGCAACAUGUAUCAACCUGGGUUCGGGGGCAAUUUUGAUCCCAAUAGCAUUGAUCAUCUCUACAACAUGGCGCGCGGCGGCCGACGACCGAUUAUUCAGCGUUUCGAUGAAUACUAUCGAUGCUAUCCCGUCAUCAUGGCUCCUGGUAACGAGCGGCCAGAGCUCAACUACGGUUCCAAGAUUCUUCUCCCGCCGUCGGCGCUCGACAAGGUGUCCAAGCUGCACGUGCAGUGGCCUCUACAGAUGGAGCUCAUCAACGGCGAGAAAGGGCGUCACUCGCACGCUGGUGUUCUCGAGUUUAUUGCAGAGGAAGGCAGAGCUUACAUCCCACAAUGGAUGAUGGAGACGCUCGGCAUGGAAGUCGGCGACAUGAUUCAGAUCCGAACGACAUUGCUCGAGCUGGCCAAGCUGGUCAAGCUUCAGCCGCAGUCUACUAACUUUCUUGAGAUUAGCGACCCCAAGGCUGUACUGGAACGGGCCUUUCGUAACUUUGCCACGCUGACCAAGGGCGACGUCUUCAACUUUGCAUACAACGACGAGGUCUACGACGUGGCCGUGCUAGACGUGCAGCCCGAGACAGACAAGAUGGGUGUCAGCAUGAUCGAGACUGAUGUCUCUGUCGAAUUUGCCCCUCCCGUUGGCUACGUUGAGCCAGAGCGAAACAGCGGCACCAGCACGCCAAGCACGCGACCCGGCGUUCCGGUAGGCGGCGUUCUGCACAGCCAGGGCACCAUGGCCCAAGCCAUCAACUACAGUGCCAUCGCCCCAUCUGUCACCAGCAAUCCUACAAAUUUUCUCGGCGAAGGCCAGCGGAUUGCCAAAAAGGGAAGCAAGACUGCCACGCCCAAACCAGCCACGCCCGUGCCUGUCGACGCCACUGCCGUUCCCCGGCGACAGACUGGCGCUCCCGCGCCCCUCCGGCUCCCGCCAAACAAGCUGUUCUUUGGCUACGAGAUUACACCCGUCAAGACCGAUGCAGACAAAGAAAAGGAAAAGAAGAGUGCCGACAAGCCUCACUUUGCCGGACAAGGACAGAGUCUACGGGGCACCGUCAAACGUAAGGGCGAGGACGACGUUAAGGACAAGGUCCCUGAGAAAAAGGGCGCCCCCGAGGGUCACCGCCUGGAUGGAAGACGUCCACGAUGA